AUGGCCAUGGCCAUGGCCGCGGAUGCUCCCCGGCCUCGUAUCAUGGUGCUGCCCUUCCCUGCCCAGGGUCAUAUCCUGCCGCUCAUGGAGCUGUCCCACCGCCUCGUCGACCAUGGCUUCGAGGUUGACUUCGUGAACACGGACUUCAACCACGCCCGCAUCCUCACGGCCUUGGCGGCAGGAGGAGACACCGGAGCAGCUGUCCAUGCCGGGAUCCACUUGGCCACUUUCCCGGACGGCAUGGGCCCCGACGGCGACCGCACAGACAUCGUUCAGCUGGCUCAGGGCUUACCGGCGGCGAUGCUCGGCCGCCUUGAAGAGCUGGUCAGAGCUCAGAAGACUCGGUGGGUGGUGGCUGAUGUCUCCAUGAGCUGGGCGCUGGACCUGGCCGGCACGGCGGGCGUGCGCGUCGCCUUGUUCUCGACCUUCUCGGCUGCCAUCUUCGUGCUGAGGAUGCGUGUUCCCAAGAUGGUAGAGGAUGGCAUCAUUGACGAAAGUGCGGUUGUGAAGAGGAAUGAGAGGAUCAAGCUGAGCCCCAACACGCCAGCCAUCGACGCCGCCGACCUCCACUGGGUUAGGUUUGGAAACAGCAACGAGACACGAAGAUUCAUGAUAAAUGGCAUAGCCAAGAGCAACCCAACAUUCGCGCUCGCUGACACCAUUGUCUGCAACACGUUCCAUGCUAUCGAGUCCGAGGCGCUGGCCCUCCCCAAGGCGGCAUUAGCCAUCGGCCCCCUCGAGGCGCCGACGUCGAACUCAGCCAGCCAGCUCUGGCCCGAAGACACGGCCUGCCUCGCCUGGCUCGACGCCCAGGCCGCCGGAUCAGUUGUCUAUGUGGCAUUCGGUAGCUUUACAGUCUUCGACACUGCAAGGCUCCAGGAGCUCGCCGACGGGCUGGCGCUCACCAAACGCCCGUUUCUGUGGGUGGUCCGGCCGAACUUUGCCAACGGCGUCGAUGAAGGCUGGCUGGACCAGUUCAGACGCCGCGUUGGAGACAAGGGGCUAGUCGUCGGCUGGGCUCCCCAGCAGCGCGUGCUCUCGCACCCUUCGGUGAUGAAUUACCAUGUCAUCACGUUAGUUGGUGAAAUUCCAAGGAAGAAUUCCACAACAGAAACAACCUUCAUGGCUUUUGCUGCUCCUAAACCUCAUGUCCUGGUGCUACCCUUCCCUGCACAAGGUCAUGUCAUUCCACUCAUGGAGUUGUCCCAUAGGCUAGUUGACUACGGAUUCAAGAUUGACUUCAUAAACACCGAGUUCAACCACGAUCGUAUCUUCAAGUCCAUGCAAAACAAAGGAGCAAUCCCAGAGGGUUUAAACAUGCUCUCAAUUCCAGAUGGUAUGGACCCUGAUGAUGAUCACACAGACAUUGGCAAGAUGGUCGGGGGCUUAUCGGCUGUCAUGCUCAGCCCCCUUGAGGAGAUGAUCAGAAGCAAGAAGAUAAAAUGGGUGAUAGCAGAUGUGUCUAUGAGCUGGGUGCUAGAACUAGCAAAUACAGUGGGAGUACGUAUUGCUUUGUUCUCAACUUACUCAGCAUCUGUGUUUGCACUAAGGAUGAAACUGCCCAAACUGAUUGAGGAUGGUAUUAUUGAUGAAAGCGGGAAUGUGAAAGUGCAUGAGAUGAUCCAACUGACGCCACCCAUUGAUUCAACUGAGAUCCCCUGGGUCAGCCUGGGCAGCACCCCAGAAAGACGCAUAGUGAACAUACAGAAUGUCAUUAGGACUAACCGAUUGAUAGCGCUUUCUGAGGCCAUCAUCUGCAACACAUUCAGAGAAGUAGAACAUGAAGCAUUGCCUAUCCUCACCAAUCCAUUACCCGUAGGUCCACUGGUAGUGCCGAUGCCAAAGCCGACUGGUCAUUUUUUGUCUGAAGACCAGACCUGCCUCACCUGGCUUGACACACAAGCCCCGGGCUCCGUCAUAUACGUGGCAUUUGGGAGCUCUACUGUCUUUGACGCAGCAAGAUUCCAUGAACUCACCAAUGGACUUGUGUUAUCUGGCUGGCUGUUCAUAUGGGUGGUUCGGCCAAACUUCACCAAAGAAAUCGAUGAGGAUUGGUUCAACCAAUUCAAGCAAAUUGUCAAUGGGAAGGGACUGAUUGUUACUUGGGCUCCCCAGCAAAGGGUAUUGUCACACCCCUCAGUCGCUUGCUUCAUGACACAUUGUGGGUGGAACUCAACGAUGGAAGCUGUGCUGCAUGGUGUCCCGUUCUUGUGCUGCCCCUACUUUGCUGACCAGUUCUGCAACCAGAGCUACGUGUGCAAUGUGUGGAAGACAGGCCUGAAGCUUUGUUCCAAUGAGCAAGGCGUCGUCACAAGGGAGGAGAUCAAGGAAAAGGUUGUGCAGCUGCUUAGAGAUGAGGAUAUCAAGGCGAGGGCAGUUAUGUGGAAGAACAUGGCCUGUGCAAGCAUCAGAGAGGGAGGAUCCUCUCAUGCGAACUUGCUCAGACUUGUGAAUUUGCUACGAGAAGGAUGA